GAACAAAUAUUUUGGGACGGAAAAAAUACUACUCCUUAAAAGUGAGUGAAAAAAGAAAAAAAAACUGUAUGGGUUUGGAUUUUAUUUGUUGGAUUGCUAAGAUGGUCGGCCUAACCCGACCCACAAAUUUGAUCGGGUCUAGCAUGGAGUCACAAAAACCCUACAAAAUCCGUCAAUUCAAACAUAUUCCAACGUCUCUCUUUGUACCACCUCCACAUAUUCUCCGCAUUUUCAAAAAUCAGGUCGCCGGAAAAAACCAAGUUCAUGGAUUCCACUCCUCCGCCGCCGGAACCCAGAAACCGAACACGAUCGUCUUCAAGGCGCUCCAAAAUUCGUCGAAUCGAUGUGGCUGCUGAAAUUUCCCCUGCAGUCCCAAAUCAAGAACUCUUUCUCCUCUCCCCUUCCCCAAAUCGGAGAACGAAGUCACGUUUACCAGAGAAUCUUGAAACUGUUGACCACGUCGCCGAGCCCGCCGGCGCUCGCCGGAGACGCAGGACCCGAAAUGCCUCUUCGGUGCUUGCUUCCCCUAGGAAUGCCAGGAGACAAAGAAAGCGAAUAGAUCAAGAAACGAUGAGAGGCUUUAACGAAUCAGGGGUCGGAGAUGGAGAGGAGGGCGUUCGGCGUAGAAAGAAGAGGCAAAUUGUCAGUUCAAAGAAAGAUAAGCUUAGUUUAGUUCCUUCAAUCCCUUCUCCAAAAUCUGAUGAGACUCAAGACGGGAUUGAUCUGGAUCGAAUCGGGAAGCUGAUGAGUGAUGUUUUGAUGUGGAGAGACGUUGCAAGAUCAAGUUUUUGGUUUGGUUUUGGGUCUCUCUGCUUCUUAUCUUCCUGUUUUGCAAGUGGAAUUAACUUUUGCAUUUUCUCUGUUAUAUCUGAAAUGGGACUUUUCUUUCUGGUUGUGUCCUUCAUCUUGAAUACGCUCCGGCCAAGAGAACUUCUUGGAGCAAAGAGUGAAAUGAAGCUGAAGGAAGAUGACAUUUUGAGAAUGGGUAGAUUCAUACUUCCAGCAGUGAAUCUCACAAUUUCAAAAACAAGGGAUCUGUUUUCUGGAGAGCCAGCCAUGACCCUCAAAGUUGUGCCAUUCUUGAUGUUGGGAGCUGAGUAUGGUCACCUGCUCACCCUGUGGAGGCUAUGUGCUCUUGGGUUUUUCGCUAGCUUCACUGCUCCGAGGCUAUAUUCAUCUUACAACGCAAAAAUACAUAAGAUAGGAGCGUGCAUUAGACGCCGUGCGAUGGAGGCAUGGGGUGCUUGCUCUCACAAGAAGGUCAUAGCCGCAUCGGCAUUGUCGGGCUUUUGGAAUUUGACUUCUGUCAAAACCCGCAUUUUCACAGCAUUCAUAUGCCUCGCAUUAAUAAGAUAUCAUAGAACCCAUUCUGGAGAAAAGGUUGAAGCUGUGGUUGAAAGAGAAGAGCCACAAGAACAUAAAGAAGAGGCGCAAGAACACGAAGAAGAGCAAGAACAUGAAGAACAAGAGAAUGAUCACAAGAAAUUGAUAGAUUGCAUUAAGAAGUGAAUCCCACAAAUGGGACUUUCUUUGUUUGAACAAAGGAAAUUGAUUGUAAUUUUCUUCUCUUACAUCAAUAAAAAAAUCUUAAUGCUUCUGCUACUACAAAAGAUAUUUUCAAGACCAUAGCCAUAUAUCAUCAGGCUGGGUACAGUCUCUGGAUUGAAGAAGACAACUCCACACCAUAAGUGACAGACAGCACCAGGCAGGAUCAUACAUCAUCACUGCAGGCUGAUUCAUACAUGCAUAUAAAAAGAGGAGAAAAAAAUCAACACAAUGUUUUACUAUUCUGCAUUCAUUAGAAAGAAAACAAACAUUAUAAAUGAUAAAUCAACCAAAAACUUAUUCCCAAAUACGUCUCAUAAAAGAAUCAAUAAUUUCGAGGCCAAACACGAAGUUUAAGAGUAUCCAAACACAAAAGAAUGUUGUGGUUUUGCAAAUUACCUUAAGCCCUCCAAAAACCCAUCACACAUCAUCACUGACAGCUGAUUAAAUAAAAAUAAACAGUGAGUUGAUAU